GUUAUAUUCCAUCCACAUAAAUAGGUUUAUAAAAUUAAACAAAAUUUUAUAAUCUUAUUUGUCCAAAAAAAUAUUUACGGUUUGUUGUAAAAUAUCUUAACAUUCCAUCUACUUUUUGUUGGCUCAAGAAAAAAAUAAAACAUUUAUAUAUAAAAUCAUGACUUUUAAAUGCAACAUGCCACGAAUAUAUUUUUGAAAACAAGGAAAUAUAAACCUUGAUGCUGGAAAUACAACAAAACUACCUAUCCAAAUCAAUGUACAUAUGAUGUUAAUAAAUUAUUGUAAUUUAUGAAUUAAACAAGACGUUAUAAACAUUUACAAGUAGUAAAUGAGAAUAAGAAUUUUUCCUUCAAUAAAACAUCAAAAUUUAGGCUCGAAAUUUAACUUAACAGUAUCUAAAAUUAAUCUUAUUAUGACCAAAUAAAUAAAUAUUUUUUCGAAUGAACAUGCCUUUAGAACAAGGCAUGAAGGAGAAAAUUCAUAUUCUCUUCCACCGAUUUACCGUAAUUUUAAAAGAUGAUUUAAACUUAUAAAGCAAAAACUUAAUAUUAAUCAUUUACAAAAAUUCACAUGCAUGGUUGUUUUAAACAAAUCUAAAAUAUUCAAGGGUUCUAAAGUUUUAAAAAAGGGCUUUCAAAUUUAGAAAUCAUUUAGAAAUAAACGAAUCUAACAAAAAUUCAAACCUUAAUGAAUGGGAGUAUCAACUGAGGAAAAAAUUGAUAUUAAUGAACAAUGAAAUGAAGAUACCGGUGAAGACCGCGAUGACAACCCGGCGAUGACAUCCUCUAUCUCUCGGAGCCCUCUCUCUCUCUCUCUCAAAUGGUUGUUCACCCGGGACCUAUUUCACGAGAUGUUUUAGUUCUUGAAGGCGGAGUACAUAGGUGUGAUGCAGUAUGGGCGGACGAAGAUUAUGCCAAAAAGAGUCUAAAGUGUCAUAGGACUUGUUCUAGUAUAUAUCCGAGGACUCUUGUUGCUAAUAGACCACCUCGUGUCAUAAAGAUCUUACGGGAUUAUGGAUUUUAUGGGGUGGAAAAGGUAGGUGGAUUACAGUUAGAUUGGGCUCUGAUUACUUCUUUAGUGGAGAGAUGGAGACCCGAGACCCAUUCAUUCCAUCUCCCCUUUGGAGAGGUGGGAAUUACGCUACAAGAUGUUGAGGUUUUACUAGGAUUGCCCGUUGAUGGCAUUCCAUUGUCGGGGGGCACCAGUCGAUCAAGAGAUCAUUGGAUUCAGAUUUGUCAUGACAUGAUGGGUUUUAGACCCGAACCAUCUGAUAUUACAUCUUCUACGAUUAAGAUAUCUGCAAUUCAUCCGAAGGCGCUGACAGAAAAUAGUGAUGAAGUUGAUUACCAACAGCAUACUAGAGCUAUCAUGUUUAAGUUGAUGGGUGGCAGCUUAUUUCCCAACACGACGGGAAAUAAGGUUAAUUUGUAUCUGUUGGAGGUAAUCAUGGGUGACUCUGUGAUGGUGCGGGGUCGUGCCAUAGGUGCUGCGGUUCUCAGUUUCUUGUAUCGUAGUAUGUGUCGUGCGAGCAUGACACAUGUAUCUCAGAUUGGAGGGUGUCUUAUCCUCUUAUAGCUUUGGGCAUGGGAACAUCUGCCUAUGACUAGACCUAGGGGGGUUGUACCAUUGGAGCAGCUUGAUAAUGUUCCAUACGGAGUCAGCACCACGCACAACAAGGGAUAUACUCUGUGGUGGUGGAUGGGUCGUCCUACAUUGCUCAACGGGAGACAUUUACGGUGAACUUAAAUGCACGAACAUGUAGCUGUGGUCAAUGGGUAACAUUUCACCUCCCGUGCAAUCAUGUCCACGCAGUAUGUCAUUUUUGUAAUGUCACCGUGGAUCAUUUGAUUCCAAAUAUUUUUUCAAUUCAGUCCUACAUCAAUGCUUACUCUGG